CUGGAGCAGAGAUGUAUGUUGGCAGUCAGAACAGCGGUAAACUUUUCAUCUGCGCUCAAGAGCUCAACAAGCAUCAGCCUAAACAAGAUGAAGCUCUGCAUCCUGGUCGUGCUCGGGACUCUGCUCGUCGUCAUCAGUGGUAUUCCGCCGAUCAGCAGGGACUACAACACACACUGCCGCUGCGUGGAGGUGGAGUCGAGGAUCAUUCCCCCCGACAACCUGAAGAGCAUCAAACUGGUCCCUGAAGGUCCCCACUGCCCCGAAACAGAAGUCAUAGCCGGACUGGCGAGCGGCGAGAAGGUCUGUCUGAACCCUCGGUCCCCCUGGGUGAAGAAACUGGUCCAGUUCAUUCUGGAGAAGCAGCUACGCCAGCAGAGAGGAGGAGGCGCCAAGAAUAAGGCCUGAAGAUGAUGUUACAAAUGCAAACCAUGCCGCAGUUAAACCCGCUGUCUGCAACUCUGAGUCACACUAUGAUAGAUGACAGAAAAUAUUUAACCCAUCUUGCUGUCUAACUUAAAGAACUCAGUUUUUUUAUUUUCUAUUCUAGGUCCAGUUUGUGACUGGGCUAUUUCAGCUUCUGUGGGGUUUUUCUUUUUCUUGUUUGUGGAUUUUUUUUUCUCCCAGAAUCAUAUUUCUACCGUUUCCUACCACAUAUUUAACACACCUUGCUUGAACAACAUUGAUUAUGAAAACAUACUGAAGUGCUACAAAGAGAUAAAGGGUUUAGUUACUGGAAAGUAAACAUAAUGGGGAAAAUCAGCUGAAAUAUAAAAGCUUUAGCAAAGUUUGAAUUUAACUGUGCCUGUAAAAAGUGUGACUUUGAACAAAGAUUGAUUGUGUGACCCUUUGAAAGCGGAUAUUGUAUGUAGCAGAGUAUUGAAAUGUAUGUAGUCAUUUCUGUGUAAUUCGCUGUUUGGUGAAUCUUCUCCAGCUGCAACGGAAACAAACGCUCAGAUAAGAAUUUAUGUAUCGAAAGAAUAUCUAGAAAACCUGAUGUGAGCCUUUAAAGAAAAUCCAAUCAA